ACUUUGCUACCUUGUUUGUUCAAGAAGGGGUAGUACCUAGGUAUAUCUUAUCAAGCCAGCCUUGUAAGGUUCUAUAGAGGAACAUAUGCCGCACCCUGCUGGCAAAUCACUGUUGAAUGGAUAUGAAUGAGUUUGGCUUGCAGGUCGCCUUGUCUGGCUCAGGUGCAACACUCGCUUUAUCUGUCUGCGGUUUUUCUCCUUCCAAUUCGUCUCAUCUGUUCUUCAUCAGAUUCGCUCUGUUUCAUUUCGAGCGCUGCUUCUAGACUCCUCUUCUUGCUGGAUCCCGGGCCUCAACACGCGACAGCAGGCAUCGCGCAGUUAGUGCCACUCAGCGGUGGUUAUAGAGAUUGGGGAACCCGUCCAUUCUACAUAUCCCACUGGCUGGCGCUUGGUGGGCGACACCGGCUGGUGCGCUUUGGGAGCACGCACACUUUCACUUGGGAAGAUGAACCGAUAUGCGUGCCGUGAUUGCCACCGUGCCAAACUGAGAACCGCUCUGUCGCUGUCGGUUACCCGGCGAGACAUUUGUACAAUAUGUGCAGUAACAAUACUGGAUGAAUCUGGUCAUUCCAACCCGCACGCCUCGACUCCCGUGUCCUAUUGA